GAGAGAGAGAGAGAGAGAAGGAGAGGGAUGGAGAGAAAAAGCGACAGGACCAGUAGCAGAGAGCGUGUGCUUUCUAAGCAACAUCAGACGUCAGUACUGUGGCUUUCUGACUCUGAGUCUGUUCGGAUUAUGUCAGUCCUUCACAUCAAGAAUCAGUUGUAGAGUUGCUCACUCUCAAAGCGGACUGACCACCAUUCACCUACUCAUCCUCCAGCACCGAGCAACAGAGCUCAAGCUCUCUGAAUUUGGGGAUAUACAUCUUUCAGUGUCUCUCUGUCAUUCUGUUUGUGCAUGUGAGUUUUGCCAUAUACUUUGGAUUCUGCCUGGACUCCAUGUGAGUAGUCAAGCCCGUGUGUACCCCUGGAAGAUGGGCAAUGUGUCAGAAACAGCCUUGUUCGUAUCCACAAUCUCCAGACAGCACGACAUCCUCAUGGGAUCACUUUAUUCAUUGUUCUGUGUCUUGUCACUCCUGGGAAAUGGCAUGCUGUUGUUUGUAGCCUACCGUAAGAGGUCAUCUCUGAAGCCAGCAGAGUUUUUCGUCGUGAACCUGUCUGUGAGUGAUUUAGGGAUGACCCUGUUCCUGUUUCCUCUGGCCAUUCCUUCUGCUCUUGCACACAGGUGGUUGUUUGGGGAGGUAGCAUGUCUGUGCUAUGCUGUGUGCGGGGUUUUAUUUGGCUUAUGCAGCCUAACAAACCUGACUGCUUUGUCGUCAGUAUGCUGCCUUAAAGUCUGUGUCCCAAAUUAUGGUAACAAAUUUUCAUCGAGCCACGCUUGUGUGAUGGUGGUUGGAGUGUGGUGUUACGUGUCUGUCUUUGCUGUGGGACCUUUGGCCCACUGGGGGAGUUUUGGGCCAGAACCGUACGGAACCGCUUGCUGCAUAAACUGGUACACUCCAUCUCAUGAUCCCCUUGCCAUGUCUUACAUCAUCAGUCUCUUUAUUUUUUGUUAUGUUCUUCCCUGUACCAUCAUCAUCCUCUCUUACACCUUCAUCCUGCUCACAGUGAGGGGGUCUCGCCAAGCCAUUCAACAGCAUGUCUCACCACAAACCAAAGUGGCCAAUGCACACACACUUAUUGUCAAGCUCUCAGUGGCUGUGUGUAUCGGCUUCCUUAUGGCUUGGAGCCCGUAUGCCAUUGUUGCCAUGUGGGCUGCCUUCAGCGCCAAUGAGCAGGUCCCUCCCACCGCCUUUGCGCUGGCAGCCAUCCUGGCCAAAUCUUCCACCAUUUACAACCCUAUGGUUUAUCUUCUCUUCAAACCCAACUUUCGCAAAUCACUGAGUAAUGAUACUCAAACCAUCCGCCAAAGGAUUUGUUUGAGCCAUAGUAAGGCCAGUCCCACACCAGGAAUAAAGGACUGGCAGGUGAAGAACUUUCAGCAGUGCAACAGUAAGGAUGCCAGCACCUCCACACCCUUUUCCAGUGGACAGACAGAGAGUUAUGGGGCAUGUCAUGUCUAUGCAGAAGCGGGGUCCUGUUUUCAGCAAAUGAGUCCCCAGAGAACUGUGCGUAUUCUAGAGGGCACCGUUCAGAGUGAAAUACCAGUGAGACAACUGACUGACAGAAUGCAAAACAACCUCCUGUGAGAGAUACUAAAGAAAGAAAGACUGCAUGAAAUGUAAGGAAGGAGAGGAUGAUGUAUCGUGUAAAAAUCGCAGAUGUCCUUAGAUUCCCAAACACAAGGACGAAGAACUGAAACUGAAAAGGAAGAAAAUCUGCUGCCUCAGACUUCCUGCAAAUUCCACCAAUGUUUACUGAACCAAAUCCACUUCUUUUUAAGAUGUAAAAAGCAUACUUAAUGGCAAUUCACACAGAAUGUCAUGCUUUUAAAUUGUUUUCUAUGUCAACAUGCUUUACAUGCAUAACGUGUUCUGCAUAAACAGUCAUUGUGUGAGCAAGCCUCGAAAACAACAAAAUAUGAUGUGAUUUAUUAAUUGAUGAAUAAAGUAAAGUAAAUGAUGUGUAGUAAAUCCAGUGAGAGUCACUUACUGAACAAAGACUGACAUCUUCUGGA